AUGUCGCAAUCCGUACCAGAGUCCGCCGAAUUGCUGCCGCUGGAACGCCACCAGACACAGUCGACAAUCAGUGCCUUCAGCGCUACCGGGGCAGAGAGAAACGUUACUGCAGAGCUCAAUCCUCACAUACUCUACGAAGAUAGUGAUUUGCAAGUAUCCCAAGAGGGGCUGACAAUUAAGAGGUACUACUUCCCAAUCCCAAUGUCCAAAUUUAUUCCGUGGGGCAAGAUUGAGACUGUGCAGACAGCGAGCGAGGCCAAUGUCCAGUUGUACGAGCUCAAGAUGUGGGGGAUGGGUUUCGGUAAUAUCUGGUGGGCGCAAAAGUUCCGGAUUAUCAAUGACCAACGCAACGGCCAGCUUAGGGUGAACACACUCCCAGACAUAAUGGGGGCAAAUAUCGUAGUCAAGAUCAGAGGCCAGUGGGUACGUCCUGGGUGCCAUGUUGAGUAUGCCCAGGAGGCGAUACGUGCUAUUCGCAGAAUGCUGGUUCGUACACACCAACAUGCAGAAUGA